AUGCACGAGAAGGUCUCGUUGUAUCCGGGUUGGCUCCCUGGAUGUCCAUUUCGUGGCUUGGACGUCGGCACUGGUGAAGAUCUUGAAUCUGUUGUAGCAGACACUCAAACCUCCAAAUGGGUCAAUGCGUGUCCCAGGCCUGGCCACCGUAUGAGGGGUAUCGUUCUGCCAACCGAUUGA